GUGGUGAGUGCAAGACACACGCCGCUCUCCCUCUGGCCUGUGUGUGUGUGUGUGUGUGCGUGUGUUGGUGUGUUGUGGCGUUGUGUUGUGGCGUCAUAGAGAGAGUUAGGGAGAGUGGCGCCCCUCUCUCACUCUCUCUCCCUCUCACUCGGUGGGAAAGUGGGAGUGGCGAGGCGUGUUUGGCUGUGUUUUGAUCAUUGUGUUUUGAAGAAGAUGCCUGGAUAAACUUAAACCCACAGCAAUGCCUCUCACAGCACUGGGCUCCCUCUCCCCCAUCUCCCCUCUCUCCCCUCUCACUCUUACUCUCACUCUUGCCCUCUCCCUGGCCCAGUCACCCCCACAGGACACCCCCGGACCCCCGCUAGCUCUUCCUCUUAGCAUGGCGGAGGAGGAGGAGGAGGAGGAAGAAGAGGUGGUGGAAGGAUUGGAAGCUUUGUCUGUUCUUGAUAGCAAAAAGGAUUCAGCAGCGCCCUUCGUUCUCAGAGAUCCGACGUAUUUGAUGGUGGCGCCGCGGCUAGUGAGGGCUGGGCAGGUGUACAGAGCCGUGGUGAACAUCCUAGACCCUUCCCCGCCUCUCGUUGUCAGGGCUACCAUCUUCAGGGACAACAUUGAACUGGCAGCGGUGGAGCAUGAGUGUGAGAGUGACUUCCCCCAUGCCCUGGAGCUAAUGAUACCGCCAGGAGCCAGCGGGGGUAGGUACCGUCUGAGGCUGGAAGGUAAUGAGAUUGGCAGCCUUACCGGAUCCUCUUUUGUCAACGAAACCACCCUCAGCUUCUCCCCGCGCGGCGCCACAGUGCUGGUGCAGACUGACAAGCCCAUCUACAAGCAGGGAGAUGUAGUUCGGUUCCGCGUGGUGGCGCUGGACACGGCGGUCAAAAUGGUAGAAGAUUCAGUCGAUGUUUUUAUUUUGAGUCCGUCUGGCGUCCUGGUGAGGCGGUGGCUGUCCAGGCAGUGUCGUGAGGGGCCCGUGUCUCUGUCCUUCCCGCUGAGUGCUGAGCCAGAGUACGGAGAGUGGACAGUUAGGGUGGAGGCAACUAACACCUUCACCCAGCACCUGUUUAGUGUGGAAUUGUACACCCUACCGCGCUUCGAGGUUCAGGUAAGCGUCCCGCCCUUCCUAGCAGCCGACGCACCUUACCUGGAGGGCGUGGUCACUGCUAACUACUCUUCCGGGGCGCCUGUCACUGGUAAUGUGACAGUGCGUGCGUCGGUGCGUGCCCUCACCUCGCUGCCCCGCCCCGCUCCAGCCCCCGCCCCAGAGUCCUCCCUUGCCCAGCCACAUGCCAUGUUCGCAGGCAUCUUCCACUUCAAAUUCCUGGUGUCUGAACUGGAGGAGCUUGUCGUGGGAGGCGGUGACGGUGAGGUGGUUGUGACAGCAACGGUAGGAGACGCGCACUGGGACACCACGAAUGCUGCUUAUGCCACCACGAGGAUCUUCAGUUCAGCCAUUCGUCUAACCUUCUUGGGGGAGUCUCCGCAGGUGUUGAGGCCCCCUAUGCCGUUCAGAUUCUAUCUGACGGCCACACAGUAUGACGGGUCGCGUGUACCGGAGUGGCGCCUUCAUCGUCACCGCCUGCUGGUCUCCCCUGAAGUGCGUUUGGUGACCGGGGAGCGACACCGACUUCUGCCGCGCACUGUUAAGAUGACGCACGCUAAAUACGCACUUGUGGGAAGCUGAGAUUGAUGUACACGUGGAACUGGACCACGAGGCAGCAGCAAAGGUGGAGUCGCUGUUCCUAGACGCAGAGUUGAAGGAUGCAGCGGGCGGGAGGACCAGGGCUUCUCUAGUCACUGUGGCCCACCAUUCACCACGUGGACGCCACCUACAGGUCACCACCA